GCUCACAGUGAGUGCUCACUGAGUGAAAAGUUCCACAAGAGGAAGGAAAGUCAGAGAUUUCGCUCCCAGGAUGAAGUUGGGCUAUUUCAUCUUCGCCGUGUUCGUCAUCGGUCCUGCCUGUGCUCAGUGGGAGGAAUUCAUCGGCCAAGUCGCCACAAAAGUGAUGGGACUGUGGAAGGACGAGCAGGUGGAGUUUCUGGGUCAUCGAUGCGACUACUCCAUGUCCCCCGGCUUCUACAGGUGGCAACUGUAUUACAAGACGAAAGUGAUGUGUCCUGGCUGGACCACCAUCAUCGGGCGAGCUAAGACCAAGAGUCCAAGCGGAUCUUUGGAGCACGCCACAAAGGACUUCGUGAACAAGGCUUUAAAAGCAGGACUGGUGACAGAAGAACAGGUGAAAGAAUUUAUUCGUGCCUAAAGAAAGAGACGA